UUUUUAAAACAACCUCUAAAAAAACACAGAAUCCUCCUCUCAAGACUUCAAUUCCUUCAAAAGUUGCAGUGUUCAAACUUCAAAAAGUUACAACAUGUUUGGUGCAAAAGCUUUCUCAUUGUUGAGAACAAAAUGGAAAUUGAAUUCACCAAACACUCUUUUAACCUUUUCUUCUUCUUUUUCAUCUUCACAUCACGCCAAGUUCAAAGCUCCAAUGGAUAUGGCUGCAAGAGAUGGCGAAUUUAGGGUUUUUGUUGUUGCCGGCGAGGUUUCCGGUGAUUCCAUCGCUUCUCGUCUUAUGGCUUCUCUUAAGCUUCUCUCUCCUUUCCCUGUUCGAUUUUCCGGUAUUGGAGGGACUAAGAUGACUAGUGAAGGAUUGAAAUCUUUGUUUCCUAUUGAAGAUAUUUCUGUGAUGGGAAUUUGGGAAUUAUUGCCACAUUUGUAUACAAUCAAAGUGAGACUGAAUGAAGCUGUAAAAGCAGCUUCUUUAUUUGAGCCUCAUGUUGUAUUAACAGUUGAUUCUAAGGGCUUUUCUUUUCGGUUUUUGAAACAGCUAAGAGCUAGAUACAGUCAGCAAAAGUUGCAUUCGCCGGCACAUUUUCAUUAUGUAGCACCAUCAUUCUGGGCAUGGAAAGGAGGUGAAGAAAGGCUUGGAGGACUGGCGGAAUUUGUGGAUCAUUUGUUCUGCAUACUUCCAAAUGAGGAUAAAAUUUGUAGAUUGAAUGGAUUAUCUGCAACCUUUGUUGGACAUCCUGUCUUCGAAGAUGUUAUGGAGUUGAAUUCGAGAACCAACUGCUCAAACAAUGAAUGGAGGGCUGAAGGAAAUGGUGAAGACUUCCUCGGGAAACAUGAGGUGCCUCCAGGAACCACUGUUAUUAGCUUGCUUCCUGGAAGCAGAGUACAAGAGGUCAGUCGGAUGCUUCCCAUCUUCGCUAAUACAAUGGAACUACUGAAAGACAAUGUACCACAGUUGAUGACUGUCAUUCAUGUUGCACCUAAUCAGGAUGUGGAAAACUUCAUUGCUGGGGCCGUUCAAAGGUGGCCUGUGCCUGCUGUAUUGAUUCCAGGUGGAACAACACGCCUGAGAUAUGACGCUUUUAGUGCUAGUAAAAUUGCAUUGUGCACAUCCGGGACAGUUGCUGUGGAGCUGCAGCUUGCACGUUUACCUUGUGUUGUGGCAUAUCGUGCCCAUAUUUUGACCGAAUGGUUUAUCAAGUACAAAGCGAAGAUACAGUACAUAUCACUUCCCAAUAUUCUUUUGGAUUCAGCCAUUAUUCCUGAAGCACUAUUUCAAUCAUGCAAACCGGAAAACAUAGCCUUAUUGCUCAAAGAUUUAAUACAUGAUCAUGUUCGUAGAGAAGAACAAAUAAUUGCAGCGCGAAAGUUUGUCAAGCUUUUAAUGCCUUCAGAAAGAAUUAUCCACAAGCUUGCAGACCAAAAUUUGAUGAGUACAUGUCCUGAUUAUAGUCCAAGUGCUGUUGCAGCAUUGACUAUAUUAAACUAUGGGAAGCCUGUUAUUCAUGAUUAAUACAGAAGCCUCUGGCAUUGAGUUUUUAUUUCAAAUGUUGAAGGUUUGAAGCAGAUAUUCUAAUAGGCUCUGGCACUAUUAGAAUUUAGGUUGGGUUUGACAAAAAGAGAAAUUAGGCUGGGUCUAACUCAAUCCCUUACAAAAUCAAUAUCUAAGAUGAAGACUACUUAUUGCCUAUAAACGCAUUUUUAGAUCAAAUUUUGUCCAAUGUGCGAGUUUUGACAGUUUUUUUAGAAAAAUUUGUUCA